AUGAGUCGCUCCACACGUUUCGGUAGAAACAACAGCGGAUCGCAGGUGGGCGGGAAUUACGGUCAAAUCAGCCACACCCACAACAACUUUGUCCCCCAUUCUACUGGUAGUCAAGAUUCAGAGCGAGAAAACGUUAAACCGCUUGCAUCCUACCUAAGCAGCCCUGAACUACCGUUUCCUAGCCGAGGCCAUGCUCAUCUCAAGAUUUUCAACGUCUAUGGUGAAGUCUCGCACUUCACCAACGUCCGGGCUCGCCGGGGCCCUAAGCUGUUCCACAUGAAUGGGUUGCCUUCCUUGCGCAAGGGAAAGACCGGGGAGGUGGUGCCAGCUGUAUAUAGGCCCGCUAUCAGACAAUUUAGCGGCUAUAUCAUCUUGUCGAAUGGCAAAAAGCACGAAUUUGACAGGGUUAGUCUGCGGCAUCAUCAGGAUGGACAUAUUACGGAACUACGGGGUGGAGAUCUUCCAGAUAGGUGGUAG